CUCCUCCCCCGCCACCUCCUCCUCCUCCUACAAAAGCAACGGCCAGUCGGCGGCUGUUCCAGAAAUUUCCUCACUCCCCCUCCCUUUCCUUCCUCGCGCCUGCCUGCCGACGCCCCUAACCCCCUCCGGGUAGGUUUCGGUGCGGAUGCCCCCGCCCCGCUAUUCCGUGUGGCGGGCUCGCCUCCCCACACUCUGCCCCACAUCCCCGGGUCUGUUGGCGCGGUUGAGCCAAGACGGCCGACAGUGGCGGCGGGCGCGCCGUGAUGGAUGGCUGGCUGGCUAGGAGCAGGUUUGAGUGACAGCGCUUACCUGGGUGCCAAUCUUCGUCACACUGACAAGCGGCUGCAGCAAUCGGGACCCGCACCGCCGCGAUGAGCGUCACCACGCACACACAACCUCGUCCAAUCGCCGCGCGCGCCAGCAAAGAUGAUCUUUUCAUAUAUGACUGCACCACAGUGAGCAAGAAUCCACAAGAAAAUGAAGGAGAGGAUGGAAAGUCAGCAGGUAAAGCAAAUCAUGAGAUCCUGGCCUAUGCAUUUUCUUCAUCGGGAACCUACUUUGCUCUAACCAGUGACAGCAAACUUCUGAUUCUUUUUCGUACUAAGCCUUCUUGGGAAUGCCUGAGUGUAAGGUCUGUCAUUAGAAGGUGCACUUCCCUGAUUAUAACAGCAGCAGAAGAUAAGAUUCUGGUUGCUGACAAAUCUGGAGAUGUAUAUUCUUACUCAAUAACAGAACCAGAUAAAGCAGGAACACUUGAGCUUGGGCACUUGUCUCUUCUUCUGGAUGUGGCACUGAGUCCUGAUGACCAGUAUAUCCUAACUGCUGACCGGGAUGAGAAGAUACGGAUUAGUUUGACUAGAGCACCACAUAACAUUGUGUCUUUCUGCCUGGGACACAGAGAGUUUGUAAGCAGAAUAUUUGUAAUACCAAACAAUCCAGAUCUUCUUUUAUCAGCUUCUGGGGACUGUACAUUGAGGCUCUGGGAAUACAAAAGUGGGAAAGAAGUACACUGUUGUCAUCUGGAUAGUUUGAACCCAUGUGAGGCCACCAAAACUGGGAAGAAAUAUGCAGUCUCAAGAACAGUCUAUUGUUGUGAAGGCAAUUACAUUGCCAUUUUAUAUGAUUGUGUUCCAACAGUGUCCAUCUUCCAGCUUGACCCUGCUGCACAGAAACUCAUUUACAAACAACAUAUCUCCUUGAGCCACAAAGGCUGGGGCAUUGCAUUUGAGGAAACAGGUGGGCUGUGGAUUUUGCAGGAAGACAAGCAAACACCGCUUUUAUUCUACCAACCUAUGGAUGGGCAAUGGCAGCUUGCUACUGAAGACAAAGGAUUGAUGAAGAUGUCAAAGUAUCUGCAUGACAACUGGGCAGUGUUUGAAGGCUCUGUUGGCAAAGAAAGCUGCUACCGGAAUCUCUAUAAGGCUUCUUUUGAUAACAUGGCUGUUUACCUACAAAAGAAAGAAGAGAGAUUACAGCAGCAGAAGAAUAAGAGGAAGGAGCCAGAGCAUGAAUCAAAUGGGCAAACAAAGAAAAUCAAAACAGGAGCUCCAUCCCUAUGACACUCAAUGCAAAAUUUAGUUGUGAUUUGCAAUGCAUUGUAAGAAUUCCAUCUGAGCACUGAAUCUCUUCAUGAGGCAUAACAAAAAACAAGCUGGUUUGAUGCC